CUGGUGACCGCCCAUUGCGUCGGGGAGCAGCCCUUUUAAGAGGCAUCUGCGCCCUUCCCCGGCCUUUCUUUCCGCCAGCCAUGCGCUGCUCCUGGAUGGGGCUUGCCCUGCUGCUUCCCAGCCUUGGCCUCUGCGCCGCCAUCCAGUGGUUGUGAGUCCCGUUGGGGUGGGUGGGUAGGUGGGUUGGGGUGAGGGGGGUCCUGGCAGGGGUGCAUCUUCUCUGUCCCCAAGCCCAGCGGGGGACGAAGGACUGCCUCACCAGCCGCUCUGCAGGGUUCAGGGAAGCCCUGACGACGACGCCAGCUCCCGGGGAUUUCCCUCCACACCAGCCCGCCUUGCAAACACAGCCCAGGACCCAAUGGGUCAUCCAGUCCAAACCCUCUACCCCGCCCAUCGCAUGCCCGCAAUGCGAGAAUCACAGCUGAAAUCGCCUUGGCAGAUGGCCGUCCAACCUCUGCUUCAAAACCUCCAAGGAAGGGGAGAGGCCGCUGCACUCCGAGGCCAUAGAAGCGCAGAAUUGCAGAGAUGGAAGGGAGUAGCCCAAUCCAGCACAAGGCAGCAACCAGAGCUAAAGAACCCCUGGCAGAUGGCACAGCCCCUCCAAUGCCAGCCAGCCUUGCAGGAUCAACACAAAGCCUCUCUGAUGCCUCCUUUAUGCCCCCCACCUAGGUUUCUAAAGGCGGCAGCGCCAUCUGCAGGGAGCUUCCCUCGCCAUCCUACCCCCAGGGACUGGGGAGGUUCCCUGACGCCACCCACAGAUGGGUAGAGUGACCACUUGUGGGUCCGUUGCGGGCAGUGGAAACCAGGUGUCUUCUACAGGUGUCAUGACAGCUCUCAUUCUUUUUCUCUCCCACCCCCGCUUCAGGAGCCUGGCAGCCAAUGGGACGCAAGUGGCCUGGGAUAACCCCCAGGACUGCCGCCUUCUAUCAUCGGACGCCCUCGCCCGGCUAUGCCGGAGGCACCUGGAGGCGAUGCCCAGCCUGGUGGAAGCAGCACGCCAGACCAAGGCUGUCUGCCAACAGACCUUUGCCAGCUCCCGGUGGAACUGCUCGUCCGUCGAGGGGGCGCCUUACUUGGCCCCAGACCUACAGAGGGGUAAUGAUCAACCUUUGUUCCAUCUUCAUCCCUUCGUCCCUUUCUCUGAGGAAAGCCCCCAUGGCUGGAUCCAGCCUCCUUUGCCCAGGUGGGAACAUGGGCCACUUAGACAGUUCCCCCUCCCCAGUUAGAAUCAUAGAAUUGGUUGGAAGGGACCCCAGGGGUCAUCUAAUUCAACCCCCUUCAAGGUUCCAUAAGAGCCCUACUGGAUCAGGUCAAGGGCCACCUAGUCCCACAUUCUGUUCUCAUACUGACUGACCUGAUGCCCAUUAUAGGAAGCCUACAACCUGAGCACAAGCGAAACUCUUCCCCUCCAGAAACAGGGGUUCAGAACCAUUUCUGUGGUAUCAGAACAUAGCCAUUGUGGCUAGCUGCCUUGAUAGCCCUCUUCUCCCUGAAUUUGACCAAUCCUCUUUUAGAGCCAUCCAGUUUAGUGGUCAUUAUUGCUUCCUGCUGCGGGUGGCGCUGUGGGUUAAACCACAGAGCCUAGGACUUGCCGAUCAGAAGAUCGGUGGUUCGAAUCCCCGCGACGGGGUGAGCUCCCGUUGCUCGGUCCCAGCUCCUGCCAACCUAGCAGUUUGAAAGCACGUCAAAGUGCAAGUAGAUAAAUAGGUACUGCUCUGGCGGGAAGGUAAACGGCGUUUCCGUGCGCUGCUCUGGUUUGCCAGAAGCGGCUUGGUCAUGCUGGCCACAUGACCCGGAAGCUGUACGCCGGCUCCCUUGGCCAAUAAAGCGAGAUGAGGGCCACAACCCCAGAGUCGGUCACGACUGGACCUCAUGGUCAGGGGUCCCCUUUACCUUUACCUUACUGUUUCCUGCAGGAGUGAGUUCCAUAGUUUUAACUAAUAUGUCCUUCCUUUUAUCUGUCCUCAAUCAUGCACCACUUCAGCUUCAUUGGAGGUCCACAAGUUUGAGAGAGGGAGGAAAACAUUCCUUUGUCCACUUCCUCCAUGUCAUGCCUAAUUUUUAAAACUUCUACUACAUCUCCUCUUUGGUAGCCUUUGCUGCCUCCUAGCAAUUUAAUUAAGAUAAUAAAUAAUACUUGCCUCUUUCCACUUUCUCCAUGCUGUGCAUUGCUUUAUAAAACAAAUUUCAUUGACUCUUUUUCUUGCAGGCACCAGGGAGUCCGCCUUUGUUUACGCCCUGGCAUCUUCUGCCGCCAGCCACUCCAUUGCCCGGGCCUGCGCUUCUGGGCAGGUCCCUUUCUGCUUCUGUGGCUCCACUCCUUCUGAGGCACCCCACCCCAGCUUUCAGUGGGGUGGCUGUGGGGACAAUCUCCCCUUCGGACUCCAGCUGGGCUCUGCCUUUGUUGACGGCCCCAUGAAGUUCAGCAAGGCGGGGACGCAGAUCUCCAGGGUCCUAAACCUCCAUAACAAUGCAGUGGGCCGGCAGGUGAGUAGGGUCAUUCCUGCACUGCAGGGGAUUGGGCUAGAUGACCCCCGGGUCCCUGAUUUUAUUAUCUGGUACUGGAGAAUCCAGGUGAGAGAAUUGUGGGUGCAGGAGGUUCAAUUCUACCCACUCGGGUGCCUGACAGUCUCUUUAUCUUUCCUCCUCCUCCCCUCCCAGGUCCUGUCAGAUUCCCUAGAGACUAUGUGCAAGUGCCAUGGGGUGUCUGGAUCUUGCACUGUCAAGACCUGCUGGAAAGGCUUGCGGGAUUUAGCCACUAUUGGCUCAGAGCUCAAAUCCAAGUACCUGGAGGCCACGCAGGUGAUGCCUUGGCUUGUGGGCAGCAGAAGGCAGCUGGCACCCAGAGGAGGCAGACUCCGGCCCCUGAAGGCAGAUGAACUGGCCUACCUUGUACAUUCCCCCACUUACUGUCUGAAGAACCCCAAGCUGGGCUCCUUGGGGACUCAGGAUAGGUGAGUAAAUCCUUGCAUGAUACAUACAGAAGCAUUGAUUCCCGAACCCAGAACCUCUGUCAUCCCACUGCCAGCACAGGGGGUUGGAUUAGUUGGAGAUCCCUUUCAUCUCUACGAUUCUUUGAUUUUGCUUUGUUUUUGUUGGGCUGUCGGUCAAAUCUGACAGGGCUUUUCUCAUGUUCUUAUGGAACCAAUGGGCCCAGAGGCAGUCAGCCUAGAUUCCUAGGCUCUUAGGGGUGUUUGGCUACUGUGAAAAGAGAAUGUUGGGCGGGAUUAGUCCCUUUUGGCCUGAUCCGGCAGCCAGGCUCUCUUCUCAGAUUCUUAUGUUCUCUCACCCCCCAACAGGCCUUGCAACAAGACUUCAGCAGGCAGUGGCGGGUGCCGCCUCCUCUGCUGCGGCCGGGGCUACAACACAUAUGCAGAGAGGGUGGAGGAGAAGUGCCGCUGCAGGUACCAUUGGUGCUGUUACGUGACCUGCAAGAAGUGCCAGCAGGUGGUUGAAAAACACGUCUGCAAGUGACCAGAGGCUGGGCCCCCGAGUUAAGCUAUACCCCUUUCCACCGAGAGGGUUCAUAUACAGAGAGAG